AUGUCGAGUUUCUUCACCAAACCUGCCUCUCUGAAGAGAAAGAGACCCGAAGGCGGUGCACCACGACCUCAGCGCACAAACGACCGUUCAAACGCUCGACCGACUAAGCGAAGAGAAACUCGUGACAAUUCCGUGUCUGGCAGCGAUUUUGACGACGACGAUGAUGUAGGCCCUCGCCCACCUGCCGACUCUGAUGACGAGUCUUCAGAAUCAGAAUUUGAGGGCGAGGAUGCGGCAGGACGAAGAACACGGCUGGCAGAACGAUACCUUGAAAACACGCGACAACAAAUCAUCUCCGAAGGCUUCGACGCAAAGGACAUUGAUGCCGAGCUACUGGCUGAGCGCAUGGGCGAGCGCUUGAAGGAGGAUUCGGCAGAGAGCAAGGGAAAAAUCUAUCGCUGGAUUGCAGACGACUACGACUACCAGAACGCCCUCCACUCGCAAUUCCGCGCAGACUCGCAGACGCUGACAGGCGUAGCCACAUGCGCUCCCUACAUUUACACUGUCUCCAAGGACAUGACUCUGAUCAAGUGGGAGAUGCCACAAAAGAUUGAUGCUUCAUCCAAACACACGCAACCUACAAAGCCUAAGAAGCUCAUCUAUACACGCGGCAACGGAAAGAGAGAGGACGAUAUCGAGUUCAAGCAUCACACCGAUGCUAUUCUUUGUGUGGCUGCCUCAUCAGAUGGAAAGUUCGUAGCGACUGGUGGCAGAGACAGAAAACUCAUCGUCUGGGAUGCCGCAACACUCACACCCUUGAAGUUCUUCCACCACCACAGAGACGCCGUUACCUCUCUUUGCUUCCGUCGCACAACAAACCAACUCUAUUCGGCUAGCAAGGACAGAACAAUCAAGCUCUGGAGUUUGGACGAGCUGGCCUACGUGGAAACACUCUUCGGUCACCAAGAUGAGGUUACCGAUGUCGCCGCUCUGAAUCAAGAAUUGUGCGUUACAGUAGGCGCUAGAGACAGGACAGCAAGAUACUGGAGAGUCGUCGAGGAAAGUCAACUUGUCUUCCGCGGCGGCGGUAGUGGUGCAUCAUCGAAGCAAAGAAAAGAGAACGCUGCAGCUGGUAUUCCUCAACCACGAGAGUUCCACGAAGGAUCCAUUGACAGAGUGACAAUGAUCGAUGACGAGCAUUUUGUUACUGGUUCUGAUAACGGCACUCUCUCGCUCUGGAACAUUCAAAAGAAGAAGUCUGUAUUCACUCUACCCCUCGCACAUGGUCUUGACCCGCCACCAAACCCCGAAGAUGUCAGCGCGGAAGCCGAUCCUUCAGCAGACGUAAGCGUAUACACCGAGCCUCAGCCCCGAUGGAUCACAGCACUCGCAUGUGUGCCGUUUAGUAAUAUCGUCAUCAGUGGCAGCUGGGACGGUCAGCUUAGAGCCUGGAAGAUCAGCGAGGACAAGAGGAAGCUGGAAGCUUUAGGCCCCAUCGGCUGUGUCGAAGACAGUCAACUCAUUGAUGGAGAAGCGAUGUACAUGGACGACUCGAUACAUGCUGUGCCAGAGUCAAACAAGACGGUCAGGGGAGUCAUCAACGACAUUGCUGUGUUUGAACGUGGUGACAGGGGCAAAGACGGCCUGGCGAUUGUUGCAGCUGUUGGCAAAGAGCACAAGCUUGGACGAUGGAUGCAAAAUGCUGGAAAGAACCAUGCCAUGCUAUUCCGUGUCUUCAAGAAAGUGGCCGAGAAUGGCACGAUAAAGGAAACUGAAGAAUCAGAGGACGAGUGA